UGUUUUAAAUAUAAUCAAUGUGACAAGACAAUGAAAUGAGUGUAAAAAACAGUCAUAAUGUUCAGAAGAUACAAAUAUCUACUUACAAUAUACAAGAGAAUUUACAAUCAUGUAUUAAAAACGGACCAGAAGGAGUCCUGGACAUCAAUAAAAAUUCAAAAGAUAGAAUUUUAAGUUCAAAAAAAUCCAAUCCAUAAAGGCAACAAAAUCUUUAAGGUGCUACAAUAAAUAUACAUUGGACAAAGAAGCACACAACAUUAUAAAUGGAAAGUAAGGUUGAUUUGGGAAAAUUCUAUAAGCAGAAAGGUCAGCAGCAUGGAGAAGGUCCACUGACCUCUGGACAUCCUACAAAGGGAAUUGCUGGUUCAGCAGCAGCUGGGUGCCCCAUGGAAAAUGCUUCAAAGGAACACGGUUGCUGUAACAGCGUCCGUGGUAAUAGAAAGGUGAGGAGGGGCUGGUGAAUACCUGCUUGCACGUGCUCUCUUUUGCUUGCUCCCUCUCUCAAAGGAAUAAUAUCUUUUAAAAAAUGAAUAUUUUAACAGAUUUUUGGGAGAUGGAAACUCCAAUGGAAUUGUAGUCAUCAAUGAACAGCCCAAAGAAAACCACAGCCUGAAAACCCACGUAACCUAUGGGAGAGGAUGUUCCCUGCAUAGAACCCUGGGGACCCAGAAUGCCAGAAAAUGGCCGCCGGGGAGGAGGCCUCGGAAGAGAGCAUUUCUCUGAUUCCAUUAGCUCUGGAGCUGUCGGCCGUCCCCCGCACAGCAAAAAGCCAAAAAAAAUGGAAGAGGAGCAAAAAGAACAAAACGCAGGAAGGCUUUGACUCGCAAAUGCACAGUGAAGCAACAAGCUUGGAGUUUGGUGCCCUAGGACCAGUCCCGCGCAUGCGCGCCCCGGGAGAUGGCGGCGCUGGUCUUCACUGCCCCGGCGGCGUGGAGUCUGGGAUUCAGCGCUUCUCCCGCAGCUCAGUCCUCUGUGGUGCUCGCCUCCGGAGACUUCCCGCAGAAGAUCACAAGCACUUUCAUGCAGACUGUGGGUUCUUUUUGGGCAGUGGUGUUGGUAACAUUGCCAAGUAUGAUAAAAGAGUCAAGAACCCAGAGAACAAGCUGGGAGGGGACAAAGCUAGAUACCAGGAAGACAGGGGAAAGUGGAAUCCUCCAAGAACUGGCCAUUUUCCCUACAAGUGGUAUCUGCAAGGGACUUCUCGGCUGCUGCCUUUGUCUUUAUAGGUAAUUUUGAAGUCAUUUUAUGAAGAAUUUUUCUGGGUUUUUAAGUUUG